UUCAUUUUUGCAAUGCCAAUUUUUUUUAAAUCCAUAUUAAAACAUUAAAGACACCCCUCAUCAAGAAAACUAGACAUAAUGAAAUAUAAUUUAAUCUGAAUCAUUAAUUUUAUCCAAGCGCUGAAAUUCUGUUGUGAAAUAUUGUAUAUUUUUUAUAUAAGAAAAAUACUGCUUAUUGACUGGUAAUGAAUAUAACGGAUUUACGAAUUUAGAGCCGACAAAAGCAUCUUGUCAUUGUUUUUGGAUGACGGGGUCCAUCCAUUAAUUAAAUUUAAUUGCAGAGAUGUUAAAAGCCACCUAAUUCUAGUUGUCAUCCAUGGGCCUGCCAAUUGAUAUCCGGGCCGCAUUAAACCGGGCCUAAUAUAUUUACCCCUGGAUCUCCGGCCUUGCAGGAUAGCCCUGUCUCAAAACCUCGCGUUUAUGGGCCUGGUCUACAGCUCGCCCAUCGUCGUAUGUGCAAUGGGCCUCUUGAUUCCUGCCUUCUCCUCCGUCCUUGACGUCCUCCUUGGCGGCAGAGCCAUCAACAAGUCAACGCACUGGUCAAGCUCAAGCUUCAAGUUCAAGCUGAUCGGAGCCUUGAUCUCGGCUAUGGGAGCAAUCACAGUGGUAACGUACAAAGGCCCUUACAUACGAGAAGCUCGCCCGUCUCCUUCCCCUCAUCUCCAACAAAAACAGCACCGUUUCGUCUUCUACUCGUUGGCUGACGACGACAGUUGGGCCGCCGGCUGCCUCCUGCUCGCCGCUUCUUCUCUCUGUGUCUCGAUUUGGAACUUCCUCCAGUCGGACACAGUGAAACGAAAUCCCAAAGUGAUGGAAGUGGCGUCGUGUUAUAGCUUAGCCGGGACCGUUCAAUGUGCAAUCUUCGCUUCGGCCGUAGAACGAGACCUCGGUGCCUGGAAAAUCAAGAUUGUUGGCCUGGAAUCUAUGGUCAUUUUGGUCACGGCGAUCUUCGGAAGCAUCAUUAGGAGCAGUGUUCAUGUCUGGAGCGCAAGAGCAAAGGGUAGUUUAUAUGUAGCCAUGUUCCAGCCAUUCAGAAUUGUUUGGGCUACAUUUUUUGGUGUCAGCUUCUUUGUGAAUGGUCUGCACUAUGGAAGUGUGAUAGGAACAGUGGUGUGUGGAAUGGGGUACUAUACGAUACUGUGGGGGAGGAUCAAAGAAGAUGAAGGAAGAAAAGUGUGUGCUCACGAUGUCAAGUGUUCUUCGGAUAACAGGGCGCCGUUGCUUAUCAAGGACAAUUCCCAAGUUUGAUGAAGAAUUUGUUUACCUAGCUAGCUAGCUACCCUGUCUGUCCACUUUCUAGAGAGUGUAUAAAUUGUACAUAGUCAAGCCUAGCUAUGUUAAAAAAAAAAAAAAAAAGUCAAGCCUAGCUGAUCCAUCUUUUGUAUUGUGUGGAGUCUAGCUAGUAGCCAUUUGAUGAUUUGAACAUAAACAGCUAUAGUCUAUCCAACUUGUUGGUCAGAGAGCGAUUGUGUUUAUCGUUUAAUUAUUUUGCCAAAUUGUGUGAAAGUUUGAAACUACCCAACAACCAAUACGGAAUACUAAACAUUUAUACUAGCUUUGAGCUCGGCUUGUGACGUUAAAAUUAGUAAUGGUAUCAACAUGUAACAUUUGGAGAUGAAAUAAUUUCUCUAUAUAUAUAAAGAUAAUAUUAGUUU